CUUGCGGGUGCCAUCUGCGUCAAUUGCAUCUGGUCUUUGAUUACUUGUUGUUUACCUGAGAGACGCUGCACGGCCCCGCGCCUUUUUGUUGCGGUUGAGUUUGAGGCAGUCGGCGAUACUUUGAGUCGCCCGGAGCCCGACGCCUGAGGGCGAGAUGAACGCGCUGGCCUCCCGAGCCGUCAGGACCUGUGAUUGCAUCUGGCAGCCCGAGCCAGCGCUCCUGCCCCCGGGGUGACGCGCUACCCCCAGCCGCCCAGAUAGAUGGCCCCAGGCCAAGUGCCCCAGCAGGCCACCCCUUGGAGGGAUAGCCACAUCUUCCUCCUGUCCCCACUUAUGGGCUUCCUUAGCCGGGCCUGGAGCCGCUUGAGGGGCCCAGGACCUCCAGAGCCAUGGCUGGUGGAAGGAGUAAUAGAAGUAGGUCAGACAGAAGCUGGCCUGGGGGGAGAAGCUAGGGCUCCCCCUGCAACCUACCAUGCCCUCUGGGGCAAGCAUUCUCAAGGGGAGGGCAAAGACAGUGGAGCCUGUGAAGAGGUUGAAGAAGCAGCCAACCUGAAAACCAGCUACUCCCUUCUUGCAGCCUGGGGACUUUCAGAUGAUGACAAUGAAGAGGAUAGUGAGGAGGAAGCAACCAGUGCCUCUAAAGAGCAGGGAAGUGAAUUUCCAGAUGGCCAGCCUUCUACUCUGUCCCCCAACCUUCUGAUAAGAACCCUGCAAGGUUCUGAUAAGAACCCUGGGAAGGAGAAAACUGAAGAAGAGGGAGUUGCUGUAGAUGAGGGAGUGUCCAAAUUCUCUUAUCCCUCCUCACACUGGGAGUGUUUUCCAGUGGUGGAGGGGAAAGAAGAUGGAGAAGCUGUGAAAAAUGAAGCUCCCAGAACCUCCCUCUUGUGUCCAGAACCCAAGCUCAGCACUUGGGUGUACUGCCCAGGGGAGGAAGAGGAUCAAGCCACGGAGGAAAGAAGAAGAACAGAAAGUAAAAAAGCCGGGAAGACGUCCAUAUCCUCCUCACCUUCAAGCUCUAAUCCUAAGGCCUCAGAAUAUUGUUUGGGAAAAGAGUGUGAGGAGAAGGAUGAAAAGGCACUCAAAGCAGCAAGUGACCCAGAGCCACACUCCUCGGUCCCACCCCAGAGAUCCCUGCUCAAGUCCUGGGAAUAUCACCAUGGAAAGUACAGAGAAGACGAAGGUGAGGAUAAUGUGGGGGCAGCUGAGAAAGAGAGAGGAGCUGAAUGUCCUUCUGUUUCCCCACCAAGUGUCUCUUUGGUGGCCUGGGCAUAUCAGACUGGAGAGGACACAGAGGACGAGGAAAAUAAGGAAGAAGACAAUGAUCUAGGAGAAGCUGAGGCUUCCUCUUCCAUUUCCCCUACAAGUGCCUUUGUGAAAACCUGGGUAUAUCGGCCAGGAGAGGACACAGAGGAAGAAGAUGAGGACAGUGAUUCUGAAUCAGCUGAGGAAGAGGGAGAAGCUGAUGCUCCUUCUUCCACAAGCAGCACAGGUGCCUUCUUGAAGUUCUGGGCACAUCAGACUGGAGAGGAUUCGGAGGAGGAGGAAGAAGAAGACAACGAUUUAGAAGCUGAGGCUUCCUCUUCUGUUUCCCAUGCAAGUGCCUUCUUGAAGACCUGGGUAUAUCGGCCAGGAGAGGACACAGAGGAAGAAGAUGAGGACAGUGAUUCUGAAUCAGCUGAGGAAAAGGGAGAAGCUGAUGCUCCUUCCACAAGCAGUACAGGUGCUUUUUUGAAGGCCUGGGUCUGUUGGCCAAGAGACGACACGGAGGAUGAAGAUGAAAAUGAGAGGAAUGAGGAUAAAAGAUAUGAUUCAAAAGUAGCUGGGGGAGAAGGUGACUCAGACCCACAUCCUUCCCUUCAGUCCCACAGUGCCCUCCUCAGGGGCUGGGUAUGUCGACCUGAAGAGGAGACAGAGGAAGAGAAAGCUGCCAAAAAUUGGGGAGAAGCUGAGCCCUCCCCCUUCCGAGUGGCCAUCUAUUUACCUGGAGAGAAGCCGCCACCUCCCUGGGCUCCUCCUAAGCUACCACUCCGGCUGCAAAGGCGGCUUAAGUUCUCAGAACCCCCAACCUGGGAUCCUGACCCUGAGACACCCCUAAGGGGCAGAAAGGUGCGCUUCUCUGAGAAGGUCACUGUCCAUUUCCUGGCUGUCUGGGCAGGGCCAGCCCAGGCUGCCCGCCGGGGCCCCUGGGAGCAGUUUGCCCGGGAUCGAAGUCGCUUCCAGCGCCGCAUCACCCAGGCCCAGAAGGAGCUAGGCCCUUGCCUCACACCUGCUGCCCGGGCCAGAGCCUGGACACGCCUUGGGAACCCACUUCCUGCUCUGGACCCCAUCCUUGCCCCUACCCAGACCUUGCCAUCCUUUGUCUCUUCUGAAACCCCAUCCAGGCCAUGCCCUUGAGCCAUGCUGUGGCCACACCUUUUCCCUCCCUUUCUUGUGUUGCUACUGCUCCUAGCCUGGACCUCAGUGGCAGGCAUAGCUAAGACCAAUUGUUUUGCAUGUUAUUUAUUAACUAUUUAUUUUUUUAAA